GGCUGCUGUUGCCUGUAUCUGCCUUAGCUUUGCUUUGGCUGUUUCUAUUUUGCGUUGUUACUGCACGCGCGUACGUGGAAAGGGAAAGACAGAACGAAUGCUCUCUUAGAUUAAUGGUCACGGCUGAGGUUGAAGAGAGUAAAAAACGUGAGCAAGCUGAAGGAAUAGAAUCCAAGGGAGCCAAGUGAAAGCUGUCUUCCUCUGCCAGAAAAAGGGAAAGCCCGUUCCUCCUGGCAAGGAAGGAGCGCCAUUAAUAGCAAUCCGAAUAAUAGAUCGCCAGCGUAUAACGGAAGGUCUGUAUGCAUUACGAGAAGUGCUCUGCGUACAUGUGUCUCCAUGUGUGUGACUUUACGUGCCUGUGAAGCGUCAUACUUCACGAGCUGCGAGACAGCAAAUUAUUAUCUUGGGGGAGUGGUGGUCAAGUGACCAGAGCUACUGAAGAGGAAGGGAGCGAGAGAAGGGUCUGAAGUGUAAAACUGAGAGAUCGAUUUCAGGAAGGCUCAAUCAGCGCAAGCCCCGGGUUAGUUAUCUGGCAAUGGUAUUUGGGGAGACGGGAUGACAGUAGAUAGGUUGAAGCCUCAUGGAAUUAAGGCUCCUUCUCACUGGUUCCCGCUUAGAGCAAUUGUAGGAGGAUUUAGUUUCCUCCAGCAGCAUUAAGGUGGCUUUGCCGGUGUCAGCAGACCAUGGUGGAAAGUACUGGGAGGGAGUCGGGAAGGGAGCUGGGAUGAGGAACGUGACUCUGCUUUCACUGAACUGGAAGAAGUGGCUAUAAAACCUCCUGCCCUCAAAUUCCCAGGACAAGGAAAGCCUUUUUCGGUAAUGCUUUCCACAUCUGCUGACUGCGUGGGAGCAGCACCGCUAGAAAACGGCAGUAAAGGAAAGUGGGUGCCGGUCGCCUCACCUUUACGUCCCCUUUGGGGGUGGAACAAAAAGUCUCUGGCUGUGAGAAAGACUGUUCAGCAGCGAUGUGGGCUGUAACCGUCUUUGAGACUUUUAGCUUUGAUCGCGCAGGGGCCAUCCAAUCUAUUCAGUUCCCUCUAAAGUAAUCACAUCAGGGAAAUGAAGAGACAGCGGAGUAUCAUCUAUCCGAGUGGCGCAGUGGGCGCUGAUCUUAACGAGCGGGGGCAGGGGGGCAGUUGCUGUGCAAGUGUUACAAGCAGUGGCUCUUCUUGUGCGCGUCUGAAUUGACUGAGGGGCAGAGCACGGUUGCGCCAAAAACGCGGACGCAGGAGGUUUCCGUGAGGUUGAUCUCUAGCGGCUACUUAGUCUGACUUCCCUUUCGCGGCAAGCCCGACUGUCUUCAUAGCUCCCAGAACAGGGGUUAGGGGAAGCGGUGCUUGUGGCUUGCGUAUUCUCGUUUACCUUGCUUGAGUGUGUAUAUUGGAUCCGCUUUUGUGCUUAUAAACAACUUUGGAUUCUUAUGAUUUUCUGCAGAGCUUUGAUCUUUUUCUUUUUUUCUUUUUCUUCUCGGUUUGUUUUUUUUUUUUUUUUGCUUUGCUCCCUCCCUGAUGGAUUUUACUAUGCCUCCGUCAACGAGCCCUGGCUGGCAAAGUUGCUGUGUCCCAGCGGAGACUCUUAGGCGAGAUGGAGGAGUUCAGAUCCGCAGCCUGCCAGAAGAACGUCGCCCAGGAGGGGUUGCUAGCCUCGAGCUAUAGGCGCUGGCGUUCAGGACCUCGGGGAACGACUGUGUGCUGCCGUGAAGAACUACAGGCUACCACUGCUCUCGGACCUUUGUAAGUUAUCACGCGUCGAGAGCUUCCAGGAGAAUUCAAAUGCCAGCAGAAAGGUUCUCCGCCCGGUCCCGACGAGGAGGCUUCGGCCACAGGAAGAUCGGCAGCGUCCUUACCGGACUCGCGGGAUGCUGUUCUGAGGGCCAGCAACUCGAAGGGAUGCAGCUCGGCCCUUUUUGUUGACUUUGGUGAUGCUGUUUUGAGGAAGCAUGUAAGUACAGAAGGGGUCUGGGAGGGUUUUCAAACAAGACGGGAAAGAGCAAGGAAGAUUUGAGAGCGUGGAAAAACUGGGUGCCGCGGGUACUGAAGUUGUUACGGGCUGAGGGCGUUUGGCGUUGAGCAUCUGAGAGGGGCUAAUGCACGAGGAACGGUAAAAUGCUGUGACUGAACGCGAGGUUCCUCCCCGGCCUGGGCCCGUGUGUGCACCCUCGCUCCCACAGACACCCCGGAGCCGUAGGGAAACGGGUGAGCAGGCCCACGAGCGGACUUUGGGCACAGCGGUGCGCAGAGAGCGCUGCGGGCUCAGCUGGUGGGGUGGAGUCGGAGCAUGGCGAGCCAGGCUGUCGGGAUCCAUCCGGUUCCGCUCCCUGCCCCUCUGUCCAGCGCUCCAUCCUUCUCUUUCUUUCCCCGUGGCUCUGUCCAGUGCCCCAUCCCUUUGUUUAGCUACUCGUUCCUCUGCCCAGCUCCCCCAUCCCUCUUGUACUCUUUCCAUCUCUGUGACAAUAUCUGCGUCCAUCUAACUGGCUCUCUAUCGCUCUAUCCAGCUCUUCAUCGUCCUCUUCCUCUUCCUAUCCCAGUACCUGCCCGCUGUCCUUCCGUGCGGCUCCCCAUCCGUCUGCCGCUCUCGUCUGCCUUUCUGCCUGUACUUCUCUUUGCCUUCCCAGCCCUCUGUCCACCCCUCCAGCCAUCUCUCUCUAUUUCCAUCCCUCUGCUCAGCUCCUCAUCCAUCUAUUUGCCUCCCUAUCCCUCUUUUCCCCUGUUUUGUCCCAUCUCUCUGUCUGAAUUGCCCUCCCUCUUUUUCUCUCUCCACCUUUCUGGCCAGCUCUUCGUCGUUCUCGUCCUCUUCCCAUCGCUCCUACUGGCUCCCUGUCCCUCUCUUCCCGUCCCCGUUCCUCUCUCCGGUUCUCCCCCCUUCUCUGUUGCUCCCUUGCCGUUCCUCUGGCCGCCUCGCCUUCCCCAUUUUUCUCUCUUCUGCUCCCCGGUCCUCUGUGCAGCCCUCCCUCCAUCUGUGUGGCCCUCUGUCCCUCUCUUUCUCUUCCUUUGUCCAGUGCCCAGACCCUGGGGCCGGCUCUCUGUCCCUCUCUUUCUUUCUCCCUCCAUCCAUCUGCCAAGCUCUCUGCCCCUCUUUUCUUUUGUUCUCCCCCCUGUCCCCGCGUCCAGGUGGAGGUCUGUCGUUCCUUUGCGUUUUGUCUGGUGCGGCGGGUGGCGAGAGGCGGUCGGCGCUCGGCAGAGAUGGUGAUCGGCAGCGCCCGGAGGGUGCCGUCGGUCGGUCUGGUUCGGGUCACGUCGGACACCUCCGCGGGGACUCUGCCCGCGGAGGCGCGGGGCUGUGGCUGUGCAGCGGGGGAGCGCUAGCGGGCUAGAGAUGCCGUGGGGUACGCGGCAGGCAGCGAAGAGGCUCCUGGGGAAGGUGUCACGGAGGCAGAGAGCAGCAGAGGCUCCGAGACCUUGGGCGUUAGGACAGGCGCUCGCGGUAGGGCGGUCUGGAGCUGCUGCUGCUGUCUGUCCUACUCGUCAGCGCGGUCUGCAGUUACUGCCUCUUGUCUGCCUGCGCGCAGCCAGGGCUGUCACGUGGUGCAGCUUGAGUUGCGAUUGCGAUGCUGGCAUUGAGCCCACUUUUCUGUCAGGUCUGCCUUUAUGCAAAGUGGUGUCUUCCCUAUGUCUACAGCUCAACCCAUGUUGUUGAUUUAGUGCUUCCUGAGGGGAUAUGCUGUGCUGUCAACACGCACACCCACCCCACCCCUGCCAUCGCUUCCUGAUGAAUGCAAUCAUUUACAUAGCUUCUGGCUUGUUUCUUUCCUUGGAACUCCUUUCUCUUUGCUGUUCUGGUCCCUCCAAACAAUUUCUGUUUCUAGCAUUAUUAGUGUUGGGCCCUAAACCUUCUAGACCUUCCUUCUUUGAAGUCCAGAGGUUCCAGUAUUGUUUGUACUUUGAGAGUAAAGGUCCUUCACAACUCAUGUCUUAAGUAUGCAACUGUCUUACCUGGGAUUUUUGUUUUUGCAAGUUACUGUUUCUUUCAGGAGCCAGCUACAACAGUAACUUUGCUAUAGCAGAGAAAUGGGGUUACAUGUGUAUGAGCAACAGCACCGUAGUACACAGCAAAGCCAUAAUCUACAGUACUGGUAGCACAAGUCAGUUUCCCAUCAGCUCCAUCUCUCCAGGGUUUGGAGGUUUUGGAGGCCUUACUUUUUAUCCUGCCUUGGCUGGACGGUGCUUUCUGAGAGUGUCCAUCAGAGGCAGAGUUUCCCUGCAGAGGACCAUCUAGCAAAGGCUGGAGGCGGCCAGGUGCCUGAGCGAGCCUGCCUGUCCGUGAGAGCUGCUGUGACAUCUUUGUGAUGAAAUGGAGCCAGAGAGGGUGACUGAAGCAGCACGGAGGGUCAGUCAUAACUGUGGGAACAAUUACGGGCCUUGGACUAGGGAGUAGUUCUAGGAGGGCUGUGCAGUUGCCCGGCCUCUAACUAACUGCUCUGGCCUCUUUGCAGGUGCCGAAGCCCAGUCGGGCAGUCGAAGGAGCCUUGUCACAGCUGGGAGCUCUGCGGAGAUGCGCGGCUGGCCGUGGAGAGUGAGCUCUGACUUGCAGCGUGGACACAGCUAAGUCCUGGGCUGCAUCAUAUGUGAGCAGUGCUGGGAGGUGCGAGGUGAUUGUUCCCUAGGUGGUCACUGGUGUCACUGGCUGUGGAUGUUUGCCCAUGGAGCUGAGAGGACCAAAAAUAUUAAUUGUCUGACCCGGAGAUGAAUUAGUGCUUGCAGUGCUUCAGGUAGGUUCAGUGCAAGUGCAGCCUAGUGCAGUCCUGUGGAGUGAUUCUUGCACAUGCUCACAUUUGAAUGGUGGCUAAAACCAAGCCUCUAAACAGCAGCUGUAACGUGAUUCUGGUGCAUGUCUUCCCGUUCUGCUGUGCUUCUAGAGGAAGGGAAAACUUCUUAAGCUGUGGGCAAAACUCCUUGCCUUCUCUUUACUGUUUUCAUGCGUAUGGGUGCUUUGGUGUUUGUUGCUUAAAGCUGAGGGUUUGGAAUUUUUCACUUAAGGUUUAUUGUUUAGUUUGUUGUUGAGGGUCUCUCACUCCGGAGUUACAGUUUAUUCCUUUCUUUUGUGGGGCUCAGUCUUUAUCAGUCAGGGUUUACAGUUUGCUCGUUUAGUGAUCAGGGCGCAGAAUUUAAAAUCCAACCUUAGCCAUAAAUUUUAAAGUCUCGGCAACUAUUAGGGUUCCAAGAACUGCAGUUAGUGUUCAGGGCUUAUGACUUACUGAUAAAGGAAAAGGGCUAAAUCCUUAGAUAAACUGUAAGCCCUGAAGCCUAAGCAGCAGGCUGCAAACCCUUCUUUGGGCUUUGUAACCUUCCCCUGUACCCAGCGUUCAGCUCUGCACACCGACCUGCGCUCUGGAUUUGAUAUGGCGCAGGCCCAUCACACGGAGACUGGCAAUGUGACGGGUGAGCUGAGAGCUGUGGAAGUGUCUUGCAGGGCUCUAGCCUGGGGUAGGGCAGAAGUGCAGACAGGCAAGAUCAGGCAUUUUCCUCUCAUCUCUGAGAUGAAUCCUAUCCCUGAAGGAAAAAGCAGAGGAGUAGGCUGUCAGCUACUCGGACACCUGCCACAUCAAGGGCAGCAGCAGGAGAUGACCCUUCCCUGAUGGAUGGAUGGACGCUGGUGUAGUGAUGACUCUUCAGGCAUCACAGGUAAGGGGAAGCAUGCUGACACUGAGCUCCAUGGCAGACUUGCUUCCAGCUAUUGUUUCUGCGCAGUAAAACAAUAAACAGUUGCUUUAUUCUUUGCA